GAUGCUGGGUCGCUGUGGAGUGUACCGACCUGCCUGAGGCGUGGUACCAACGGGGAUACACACUCGGCUUACCAUACAACAACCGUUCAUCAUGGGUUUCAAUAAAAUUAUGGUCUCUUCUGGCAUCAUCACUCUGCUUCAAGCCAUGGGGCAGAUGGUCUUCUCAUCAAUGUGCAUAGCGCAAUAUUUUUGCGUAAUCGACUUUUUGAGAGGAUUCCCCCUUCUAAUCUAUAUAAGAGUCCUUUACUUUCACAACCCUACUGCAUGCGGACCCACGAUCAACAUCGGUCAAGUUAUCGACAGCAUAGCAAAUGAAGCCUUUGUUUUGUUAACGUCGGAACCGUUCACAGUGUUUAGAACUUUCAUCAUAAACAGCGUCAGCCUCGGCCUGAGUGUGUUUUGGAUGACCAGCAGUAUAAUUAUCAUCAUGGCUGGGGCCAGAGAUAACCAGACAAAAUGCACUCGGUGGCCUUGGAUAAUAUUCACGUCUGCGGUGAGUGGUCUCGACCUGGUGGCGACUGUCACGUACGCUAACGAUACAUUUCACACAAGGACUUUACAAGACAUGAUGGAUUUCAUCGGGGGCAGAGUGAGUGGAAUUGGGAAUGCUAAGCUGAACACGACGUGGACUUCUUGGUCCAUGGUCAUCCUGUAUUCCCGGUUCGCCAUACUCUUCAUUAUAAACAUAAUUCUUAUUAUCAUCGUCAUUGUAGACUGUAACGUGGAAAGGAAAGCAGAGACGGAUAUCGUUACUGUAGAGGCUCCAGUACCGUUGCAAACUGAAGCAGCACCUCAAGUACCAGUUGCACCUCAAGCUCCUGUCCAAAUAUCUACAGCAGUUCAAGCGUCUCCCCCUCAAGAGACCCCCCCACCACCCAUUAUCACUGAAAGGGAUGCUAUCAGUGACCGAGAAGAGGAACUGGCAAGCUUACCCAGCGAAAGAAUUACCACCAGAAUACCACGUGCUGGUCUUAGCCGCUCCUUCCGUCGGAUGAAGGCAUUCCUAUUCAGAAAGUCACCUUCACCAGAAAUCCAUACUAGAUCGAAUCCUGAUUCUUUCCAAAUUUCACCCGAAAGGUCACCCCACACACAUUAUGGUCGCCAGCAAGUUGACGUAGACCUAGACAAGAAACGGACUGUGAAUUUCCCGGAGAGUUUACUGUCAUUGCCGCAGCGCUUAGAGAAUAUCAUAGCAGAGCAGCAGCGACGUUUAGACCGUGCCACUAUCGACACCUCUGGAAGAAACAGCCCACCGCGAGCAUCGCAGUCCAUGCCUCACCUUGCAACCACGUCCAGCCAACCAGAAGGGCGAGGACGGCGCGGAACUACGGCCGAGCUCCAGGGCCAGCUUCCCUGGGCGUAUAUACCAGCGUCCUCGCACCGCAUGCGGGACCAACUCCCUCCGGACGAGGAUCUACCACCGGUCCCUCUCCCAGACUACAACGCCAUCCAGCCUACUAGAAAAGCAUCCGUCCAUCGAGCGGCUUCCAGCUUAAGUUCUCUAACACAAAAGAAAGAUUAUGUGACGUCACGGUCCGUGCAUGAUCGAUGCGAAAUAUCGCAGCUGGUCCGCCACAAUACUGAGAUUACGACUGCAUACACUGUGUUUGUACUGGCUGCGCUCACCCUGAGCUUCCAUGCACUCUGUCUCAUUUCAGCCAUCUGUCUCAUCAUAGUGAUACAAAGUGUGGAAGCAGCUCGCUACCUAACCUACGUAGUACCUACUUACAUUGGUACUUGCGUAGCAUCCCUGGUAGUAGACCUAACAACAGCCGCUCAUUUCGGAAUAGAUCACAGUACAUUGAGAUCUAAACUGGCAAAUGUCCUUUUAGAAGACUCUAAAUCCCAGUUGGACAUUGAUAACAUUUACAUAUUAGAAAAUCUGCGACAAGGAGCACUGUACAUGAUGACAUUUGCACUAAAGGGAUACGUUGCCCCGUUCAUUAACAUUAUACUGAUAAUAUUAUUGAUCAUUUACGUCAUGGAGCACCGAAAAUUAAUGAAAAGUAAUGAACAUUCAAUACACAAAAUGGGAGUUCUUUCAGGAUUCGACCAGCCUAGGAGACCUGAUGACAAUAAUUGGGCGGUACAGAACGAAGCAAUGUCACCGUAUGCGAGAGGACCACGUACGAAUAAUGCUUUUAUCAAUGACGAUGAGUCAGAUCGCAGUAGUCGACAGCCCAAUAGACGUCAGCUGACACGCAAUGAUUUCAAUAAUUCCAACCGUUCGUACGACCGUUCGGAUUCGUGGCAUCACGCCCAGCCGAACUUGGCUCAAAGCGCCCGUCCUUUCUCGUAUCUCGAGGACAUAAGGCGGCCUGGUCCAGUGAAGCCACCGCCGUCGCCUGCAGUAGAAGUGCCCUGGAACCGAGACUCCUGGCAGCAAGGUCCACCUGUACCGGCCCCCGACUAUAGCCCACAGCCGCGAAGACUCAAGUCUGCACUUAAACCAGGGUACAUGUAACAUGUCGACCCGAUGUAUGUUGCCACGUCGUGUGUGUAUUUACUGACAGUCAACCUGUACUGGAAUAAACUAUGCGAUGUUUUUUUAUAAAACUCCGUGUUAUCAUUAUUAUAAAUCAAAUAUUCAGGUCGAACCGCUUAUCUAAUCACCAAUAACAAUUCGGAUAUCAGCCACCCUGUACGACAAAGAAUUUGUUUAUUACAGAAGG